GGUUGUUAUUUUUUAAUUCAACGAAUCACAGACACGAGUGACGACGGCAAACAAAAAUGAAACCCACCAAAAGGUCUCAAAUUGUACACCAACUCUUCAGUCUCCACCCUCACAAUGAACACAAACCUACUCUUCCUUGCGCUACUUCUACUUGUGUUGAAAGUGGAGACAAACUGUAAAACUGGGUGUGAUCUUGCCUUAGCAUCUUACAACAUAUGGAAAGGAGUCAACCUCACAUAUAUCAGCACCCUUUUUACCUUAAACAUCACUCAAAUACUUCCUUACAAUAUCCCUAAUGUCCCAAACCAAGACAGCCUCUUAAUCGAUUCAAGAAUCAGCAUACCCUUUUCUUGUGACUGCUUAAAUGGUGAUUUCUUGGGCCAUACGUUCAAUUAUACCACACAGUCUGGUGAUACUUAUUCUAAAAUUGCAAAAUUUGCUUUUGCUAAUCUCACCACUGAGGAUUGGGUUCACAGGGUCAACACUUAUGACACUACCAGGAUACCGGACGGUGCUCUAAUUAAUGUCACCCUCAAUUGUUCAUGCGGAGAUAAGCGUGUGUCUGAGAAUUAUGGGUUGUUCUCCACGUACCCGCUUAAGCCUGGCCAGAAUUUAUCUUCUGUAGCGGCAGAGUCUGGGGUACCGCCUGAGUUGCUGCACAAGUACAACCCGGGAGUGAACUUUAAUGCAGGGAGUGGAAUUAUUUAUUUGCCGGCAAAAGAUGCAACUGGAAAUUACCCUCGACUUAAGAAAAGGACAGUUAUUGCUGGCAUAUCUAUUGCCGGAGUUGCAGGAGCUCUACUUCUUGUGUUUUGUACAUAUUUCGGAUGUUAUAGGAAGAAGGAUGUGAGCACAAAAUUAAUCCCAAAAACAACUGCAGAACUCUAUGUUAAACAUGGACAUGGCUUUGGAAGCUGCUUGGAGAAAUCUUUGGAAGCAACUGCCUUUGUUGCAACUCCAGGACUUGAUGGAUUUACAGUGGACAAAUCUGUGGAGUUCUCAUAUGAAGAACUUGCUAAGGCUACCAAUGACUUUAGCUUGGCAAAUAAGAUUGGACAAGGAGGCUUUGGUUCGGUCUACUACGCUGAACUAAGAGGCGAGAGAGCUGCAAUAAAGAAGAUGGAUAUGCAAGCAUCAAAAGAAUUUCUUGCUGAACUGAAUGUUUUAACACAUGUUCAUCAUUUGAACUUGGUACGCUUAAUAGGAUAUUGUGUCGAAGGUUCCUUAUUUUUGGUGUACGAGUUCAUCGAGAAUGGAAAUUUAAGUGAGCAUUUGCGUAGAUCAGAUCAGAAGGAUCCAUUGCCUUGGUCGACGAGGGUGCAAAUCGCUCUAGACUCGGCUAGAGGGCUUGAAUAUAUCCAUGAGCAUACUAUUCCACUAUACAUUCACCGUGACAUCAAAUCCGCCAACAUUUUAAUAGACAAAAAUUUCCGUGGAAAGGUUGCAGAUUUUGGGUUAACAAAGCUAACAGAAUAUGCAAGUGCUUCACUGCAUACUCGUAUUGUGGGUACAUUUGGAUACAUGCCUCCAGAGUAUGCACAGUAUGGUGACGUAUCUCCAAAGAUGGAUGUAUAUGCAUUUGGAGUUGUGCUGUAUGAACUUAUAUCUGCCAAGGAAGCGGUUGUGAAGACAAAUGAAAUAAUCACAGAGUGCAAGGGACUUGUUGCAAUGUUUGAGGAUGUGGAGGCAGCAGAUUGGACGGAAAAUGAUGUCAGUGAGCUGGUGGAUGUUAGGCUUGGAGAUAACUAUCCCAUUGACUCAGUUCGUAAGAUGGCUGAGCUUGCUAAAGCUUGCACACACGAGAAUCCGCAACUGAGGCCGAGCAUGAGGUCGAUUGUGGUAGCACUAAUGACACUUUCAUCUUCAACGGAAGAUUGGGAUGAAAAUCAUGCCCUCCUCAAUCUUAUGUCCGGGAGGUAGCCUUUGCUUCUUCGUUGCGGCUCAUUAAUGGUAGUCCAAUGCAACUUGAAAGACUCCAUAAAUUUAGUCUUCCUCCUGUAGUUAAAAUAAUAGCGUUUGUGUUUGUGAAUACUUUUCUGUUAUUACGGGGACUCAAUCUUUGAACCAAA